AUGUGGAGGACAUCAGUGAUAGGCCUGACCUGUCUAGGCCUGCUUCCAUCUGUGCUGGGAACGGAUAUAUUGAGCACCAGUGGAGUGUCCGACUGCGCGAAUGGAACAUCUUCGAUCACAAUCAACAAUGUCAGCAUCUCCUUCGAUCGAUCAUCCGACAACAUAACCUUCGAUGCUUCCGGCACCAGUACCCAAGACCAAUAUGUCACGGCAGAUCUGGUCAUCACAGCAUACGGAGUACAAGCGUAUCAGAAGUCCUUUGAUCCUUGUUCUUCCUCGACCUACGUUUCCCAACUCUGUCCUGUGCCCGCAGGCAACUUUUCGGCAAGCGGCACCCAACAAAUCCCAUCAUCGUACGCGACUCUCAUCCCUUCAAUCGCGUACUCGCUUCCCGACCUGGAUGGUACCGCUCAAUUGACGCUCAAGAAUAAAGGCGGACAAACAAUCGCCUGUGUAGAAGCCGGUGUUACCAAUGGUAAGACUGUGUCGUUACCGGCCGUCUCGUACGUUGCGGCCGUGAUAGCAGCGGGGGCUGCAGCAGUCUCACUCCUAGGCGCUGCUGCGGCAGGUGCGCAUCCGGGCUCGUCCACCUCGAGUCCUGGCUUCUUUGAAGUCAUGUGGUGGUUUCAGGGAUUGGCCAUGAACGGCAUGCAUUCGGUUCCAUAUCCCACCAUCUACCGAAGUUUCGCGAAGAACUUUGCUUUCAGUACCGGUAUUAUCAACUGGGCUGGGUUGCAGAACUCGAUCGACACUUUCAGACAACAUACUGGAGGCAACUUGACGGACGACAACUACGAAUACCUCAGAAACACCACUCUGGUCUUUUCUGAUGGCUCUACUUCCAAAACGACGACCUCGAUCGCCAAACGAGCUCUUUCUCUACUCCUCAGAGACGUGACUACCUCUGUCAACAGUACGACCUCCAGCUCAACCUCCACCACAGGGUCCACGAGCACGUCGCAUCUCGUGCAGGGUAUUGAGGCAUACGUCGAACAGCUCACCGUUCCACAAGCCAACACGUUCAUGACGAUCUUGUUGAUCUUUGCAAUCUUGAUUGCUGUCAUAGUCGUCGGCAUUCUGUUGUUUAAGGUCGUCCUUGAGGCUUGGUCGCUGUUUGGCACGUUUCCAAAGUCCUUGACCACAUUCCGCAAAGAGUAUUGGCGGGUUCUGGCCCAGACGAUUACUGCUCUUAUUCUUCUUCUCUAUGGAGUCUGGACGCUAUACUGCAUCUUCCAGUUCACCCAUGGCGAUUCGUGGGCUGCGAAACUCCUUGCCGGAUUAACUUUGGGCACCUUUACUCUUCUCCUCGCAUUUUAUAUCUGGAAGAUCUGGAGCAUUGUUCACAAGCUAAAAAAGCUGGAGGGCAACGCUGACGCUUUGUACGAGAAGAAGGAGAUAUGGAAGAAGUACAAGCUUUUUUACGAAAACUACAAGCGAGGCUAUUGGUGGCUCUUCGUCCCUGCCAUUAUCUACAUGUUCGCCAAAGGAUGCGUACUGGCAGCGGGUGAUGGCCACGGUAUGUUUCAGACCGUUGGGCAACUAGCCAUCGAGGCUUUGAUGCUCAUCGUGCUACUUUGGAGCCGCCCGUACAACCGCAAGUCCGGAAACUGGAUCAACAUCAUCAUCCAGAUUGUUCGCGUCAUCUCGGUUGUGUGCAUCUUGGUCUUUGUGGAAGAGCUUGGAAUUGCGCAGACGACAAAGACAAUUACCGGUGUGGUCUUGAUCGCGGUUCAGUCCGGUCUGACAGUCAUACUGGCCUUGUUGAUCGCUGUCAACAGCAUCAUCACCUGCUGCAAAGAGAACCCACAUCGCAAACGUCGCAAGGCUGCGGAGAAGCACCUGUCUCAAGAUAUCGAAGGCGAUGCUUUCUUGAUGGAGCCAAACCCUUAUACCUCAUCGCCAUUUGGUCCUUCCAAGAAGAAAACCGACCCUGCACAAGGCUAUGAGCCAGUGCGUGCCGAUGCUUACUCACGCUUCGGGCCUCGACGAGAAGACAGUGAAGAGAACCUUGUCAAGGGUGCCGCGGGUAUGGGCUAUUCUGGGUAUCGAAGCGUGAGUCAUGGCAGGUCUGAGACUGAUGGAAGCCCCCCUCCUUUUUCACGCGAACCCAAACUGCCUGAUCUGGCUUUCGAGCAGUAUCGGCAUAAAUAG